UGAAGAGACGUGGGGAAGAUUCGAUUCCGAGAAGAGGAAGAGCCCGACUGAAAGGGAGCGAGGCCGCUGAGGGGGAGGGGGCUGCCAAGAUGGCGUCAGCCUCCUCCGGGCAGUCGGCGGUCGGAUUUUCAUCCUUUGAUCCCGGGGUCCCUGUCAGUAACUCGGCCUCAGAAGCACCAGCACCUGGAAUCAAGAGACCCAUGGCAUCUGCUUCUGAGGUGCCUUGUGCCUCUACAUUGCCCAUCAAGAAAAUAGGCCACCGAGGUGUGGAUUCCUCAGGAGAGACAACAUAUAAAAAGACAACCUCAUCAGCUUUGAAAGGUGCCAUCCAGUGGCAUACUGUGGGGAGCCUGAGUACCAAACCAGAGCAGGAUGUCCUCAUGCAAGAUUUCUACGUGGUGGAGAGUAUCUUCUUCCCCAGUGAAGGGAGCAACCUGACCCCUGCUCAUCACUAUAAUGACUUCCGUUUCAAGACCUAUGCACCUGUUGCUUUCCACUACUUCAGGGAGCUAUUUGGCAUCCGGCCUGAUGAUUACUUGUAUUCCUUAUGUAGUGAGCCACUGAUUGAAUUCUGCAAUUCUGGAGCUAGUGGUUCCCUUUUUUACAUGUCCAGCGAUGAUGAAUUCAUUAUCAAGACAGUUCAGCAUAAAGAAGCAGAGUUUCUGCAAAAGCUGCUUCCAGGAUAUUACAUGGCAGGUAGCAAGAACAUACGAAUUGUGGUGAUGAACAAUCUUUUACCACGGUCAGUCAAGAUGCAUAUCAAAUAUGACCUCAAUUCAACAUACAAACGACGGGCUUCUCAGAAAGAGCGAGAGAAGGUUCUCCCCACCUAUAAAGACCUGGACUUUCUGCAAGACAUCCCUGAUGGCCUUUUUUUGGAUGCUGAUAUGUACAAUGCUCUUUGUAAGACCUUGCAGCGUGACUGUUUGGUGCUGCAGAGUUUUAAGAUAAUGGACUACAGUCUUUUGAUAUCAAUUCACAACAUAGAUCAUGCACAGCGAGAGCCCUUAAACAGUGAAACACAGUACUCAGUUGACACUCGCAGACCAGCCCCCCAAAAAGCUCUAUACUCCACUGCCAUGGAAUCCAUUCAGGGCGAGGCUCGACGAGGUGGCACCAUGGAGACAGAUGAUCAUAUGGGUGGCAUCCCUGCCAGGAAUAGUAAAGGGGAAAGGCUCCUGCUUUAUAUUGGCAUUAUUGAUAUCCUGCAGUCUUACAGGUUUGUUAAAAAAUUGGAGCACUCUUGGAAAGUACUUGUACAUGAUGGGGGCACUGUAUCAGUGCCUCGUCUAGGCUUCUACGCUGAACGGUUCCAACGCUUCAUGUGCAACACAGUGUUCAAGAAGAUCCCCUUGAAGCCCUCUCCUUCCAAAAAGUUUCGGUCUGGCUCAUCUUUCUCUCGGCGAUCAGGCCCCAGCGGCAACUCCUGCAUUACUUCCCAACCAUCGGUCUCGGGAACCAAAGCACAAGUGACAACAAAGGCGGAAGUGGAGCCAGAUGUUCAUCUUGGUCGUCCUGAUGUUUUACCUCGGACUCCACCUUUGGAAGAAAUCAGUGAAGGGUGCUCACCUGUUCCUGGCCCCAGUUUCUCAUCUGUAGUUCCAGAGACUUUGCAAAUGCUAAAUACAAGUUCAAUGUUGCAAAAGCUUGAAGUUACGGAGUCAGAGUUCUCCCAUUGAGCAACAAAUCGUAGAAGACCUGAAAUAAGAUUCUGCUAUCUCUGUGAUCCUAAGAUGUCAGCCUUUGCCCCAGAAAUGCUGAGUUUUCUUCUGCUUGGUCAUGAAAAAAGGAGUAUAAUUUGGAAGCUAGGGGAGCUCUCCAUUUCCUACUUGAAGAAGAAUUUAUUCUCCGUGACCUUCCUCUGAAUGGGCAUUAGUGCCUUGGACAAUUGAAGACAGCAGUAUCCCCUCCACUUGAGUUGGGUAGCAUGAAUUUUUAACUGGCCUGCCUUGACUUCUACAACUGAAGUUUUUCAAAGCCCCAGUCUUUGUGCUGGUAGUGGGGUUGCUGGACUUGGUGGUUUUCUUCCCUCCUCACCUGCCUGUCACCAGGAGCUG